CUACACUUGACUGAUAUCGUAAGCAAUAAAUGUUUCAACCCGAAAAGGCUAAACUAGUUGAUAUAAUGCAAUAAAUGAUUUGGUGAACUUGUCUACGUUGGAGCACAUAAAUAUGAGUAUUGAAUCACAAAGUUUUAGUAAAUUAAGAAACAAAAAAAAAAAAGAUGGCAAAGAAUUUAGGAAUUGUGUUUUUGCUUCUACUGGUUCUUUUGGUUUCAUGCUCCAUCAACUUUGAUCUUGCUUCUGCACAACCACAAAAGUUACCUCCACAAAUUGAAUGGAGAAGAAUGAUGAUUACGGUACGAUCAUCAACAAGCCAACGAGCUAGGAAAAGAGAUUUGCCACCGUCGCCUUCUCCAUCAUCACCAGAUUCACCACCUUGGUCUUCGUCGUCGCCUGCACCGGGGUUUGAGGAUAACGGUUCUUGAAAACAAAUGGAUCGGUGAUGGGAUAAAAUUUUUAUAAAGAAAUAUCAAUAACAACUUGUCUCUCAUUUACAUUUACUAAUAUAACAAAUGAGAUUAUUUGUACUUUAAUCUUGUUCUUGUGUAGUUGUUGUUGUAUCCAACUUUUAAUUAAUUUGUUGCAUGUACUUUAUAUCUUUAUUCUUGUGUUAUCAUGUGAUAAAUCAUCUAUCCUCUACUUUA